ACGAACGAGACGCCAUACAGAAGAAGACCUUUACAAAAUGGGUGAACAAACACUUGAAAAAGGCAAGCAGACAUGUCGGAGAUUUGUUCGAGGACCUGCGGGACGGGCACAACCUUAUAUCUUUAUUGGAAGUACUUUCAGGAGAACAUCUUCCACGAGAAAGAGGAAGGAUGCGUUUCCACAUGUUGCAAAACGUACAAAUGGCAUUAGAUUUUCUUCGUUACAAGAAAAUCAAGCUCGUUAACAUACGUGCCGAGGAUAUCGUUGAUGGAAACCCUAAAUUAACCCUUGGACUCAUUUGGACAAUUAUACUUCAUUUCCAGAUAUCAGAUAUUGUAGCAGGUCAAGAACCAAACGUGACAGCACGUGAAGCAUUAUUGAGAUGGGCUAGAAGAUCAACGGCACGUUAUCCUAAUGUCCGUGUGACAGAUUUUACUUGUUCCUGGAGAGAUGGUUUAGCGUUUAGUGCACUUCUCCAUAGAAACCGUCCAGACCUAAUCGAUUGGAGAGGUGCUCGUGCAAGUCAAACUAGAGAACGGCUGGAACGGGUCUUCCACAUCGCUGAGCGCGAGUACGGCGUUACGAGGCUUCUCGAUCCAGAAGAUGUUGAUACACCAGAACCGGACGAGAAGUCUUUGAUAACGUACAUCUCAUCGCUCUACGAUGUGUUCCCGGAGCCACCCCCUAUUCAUCCCUUGUACGAUACAGAAGCCCAAAGACGUUCAGCUGAAUAUCGUUAUCUCGCUAGCUCUCUACACCUUUGGAUUCGUGAAAAGAUGACAUUGGUACAGGACAGAUCAUUUCCGCCAACGUUAAUUGAAAUGAAAAAACUUGCUGCCGAUAGUUCGAAGUUCAAAAAUGAGGAAGUACCACCUAGAUACAGGGACAAACAAAGAUUGUCAUAUAUAUUUCAAGAUUUGCAAAAAUAUUUUGAAGCAGUUGGCGAAGUUGACAUGGAACCGGAAUUACAUAUCGAUGUUAUAGAAAAGAAUUGGAACAAAUUGAUUAUGUUACAUCAGGAAAGAGAACAAAUGAUCAUAGAUGAAAUCAAACGACUCGAACGGCUACAACGACUUGCUGAGAAAGUUCACCGAGAGAUGAAGUCUACCGAUAAUCGUUUGGAAGAAUUAGAAAGACGUGUGGAAGACGAAGCCAGACGUUUAGAUCGUCUUCAUCCAUUAGAAGCUAAACAUGCGGUGGACCUGCUGGAACAGGACAUUCGCAAUACAGAAACUCAAAUACAAAAUAUUUUUACCGAUGUACACACACUCACUGAAGGCAGAUACAGUCAAGCUGCUGAACUUCAUAAAAGGGUACAGAAAUUACAUCAACGUUGGGUAGCAUUACGUUCGCUUUUGCACAAACGUUUGGUCCAACCACUUUCCGCAGUGUCUUUCCCUGUUGAAGAACGAGUUGUAACGAAACAUCGAACGACAGUUCACGAAACGAGAUUGGUAGAUACCAAUCCACAUUUCCGUUCAUUACACGACUGCAUCGAUUGGUGCAAGGCAAAGAUUAAACAAAUUCAAGAAGCUGAUUAUGGUUCAGAUUUGCAAAGCGUACAAAACGAAUUCGACGUUCAUCAGAAGGAACAUAAAAAUAUCGAACAAUUCCAUACGAAAGUAGACAAAUGUGUUCAAGGAAAAAAUAAUUUCCAUGGGGAAGAAUUGACAUUGUACAGUCAACAUUUAAGUACAUUGCAAAAACUUUAUUCCGAACUUUUGGCAUUGUCCAAUAAAAGACUAUCAGAUUUAGAUACUUUGCAAGAUUUCAUACAAUCUGCCACUGGAGAACUUGUUUGGCUAAAUGGUAAAGAAGAAACCGAAGUUACACGAGAUUGGGCUGAUAGGAACUUAAACGUUCAAAGCAUCGAACAGUAUUACGAGCGUACUUAUGGGUCUGGUAUUGAGUCUCUGAUGAGUGAUUUGGAGAAACGAGAGAUUCAAUUUUCCGCUGUACAAGAUAGAGGAGAAGCAUUGGUGUUGCAACAUCAUCCAGCGGCAAAAACAAUCGAGGCAUACAUGUCAGCUAUGCAGAGUCAGUGGGCUUGGUUAUUACAAUUGACCCUUUGUCUGGAGGUACAUUUGAAACACGCUGCCCAUAGUCAACAAUUUUUCAAAGACAUUCAUCAAGCUGAAUUAUGGAUAUCGAAGAUUGAUGAAACACUUAACACGGUUUAUUCGGAAUCUGAUUUUUCAUUGGACGAGGGUGAACGUUUGUUGAAGGGUAUGCAAGAACUUAGAGAAGAACUCAACAAUUAUGGCGAACGUGUACAAAAAUUAGUUGAACAAGCUAAAGAUAUUGUACCAAUGAAACAAAGAAAACGACCAGUAACCAGACCAUUGCAAGUUACAUGCGUUUGCAGUUACAAACAAGUCAAUAUGUCAAUCGAGAGAGGAGAACAAUGUACACUUUAUGACAACUCUGGAAGAGUUAAAUGGCGUGUUAAGAAUGCACAAGGUGUUGAAUCACCUGUACCAAGCGUUUGUUUCGCAUUACAUCCACCUGACAAAGAUGCAUUGGAUGCUGCCGAAAGAUCAAGACGACAAUACGACAGAAGUGUGUCCUUGUGGCAACGUAAACAACUUCGAUUAAGACAAAACAUGAUAUUUGCUACGAUCAAAGUAGUCAAAGGUUGGGAUUUGCCACAAUUUUUAGCAAUGGGACAAGAUCAACGUACUGCAAUAAGAAAAGCAUUGAAUGAGGAUGCUGAAAAAUUAUUGAGCGAGGGUGAUCCAACCGAUCCACAAUUGAGAAAAUUAAAACGCGAGAUGGCCGACGUUAACAAAUUGUUCGACGAUUUUGAGAAACGUGCGAAAGCCGAGGAGGAGUCGAAAAAUGCUGGUAGAAUUUUCAACGAACAGGUGUCCACGCUUCAACAAGCAUUGAAUGAAGCUGAACGAAUUAUAAAUGCACGUAUUGCUGCACCAUUGCCGAGAGAUUUGGACAGUCUCGAACAUUUGGUAUUGGAACACAAAGAUUACGAACAAAAUUUCCAACAGUUAGCAUCAGAAGUUGAUCAAGUACAACAAACAUUCCGCGGUAUUACAUUGAAGACACCAGCUAUGAGAAAUAAACUGGACAGUGUCGUUAACAAAUGGAAUCAUCUUUGGAAUCUUAACAAUCUUUACAUCGAACGUUUGAAAUGCAUUGAAAUUGUAUUGUCAAGUAUAGAAGAAAAUACAACAGCCAUAUCCGAAUUUGAAAUAAAAUUAGCAUCAUUCGGUGAAUUACCGUCUGACGUUAAAGGUUUACAAAAUGUUCUUGAAGAUUUGAUGAUAUUACAAAACGCAAUAGCUCAACAACAGUCAUCCGUUGAUCAAUUGAACGAUGAUGCUCACAACGCAAGACGUCUAGUUGAAAAAUCAAGACAUAAUCAUCACGGACCACACGGUGAUAUGGACAGAUUGGACUCCGAGGUCAACAGAUUGAAUUCUAGGUGGAUUAACGUUUGUGGUCAAUUAGUUGACCGAUUACGUAGUGCGGAAGCGGCUUAUAGUCUAGCACAACAAUACCAUAAUUCAUAUCAAAAUGAAGUUGAUUUCAUUGACGAAUGUUAUAACAAACUCGAAUUGGAAAAUGCUAAGAAUUUAUUAAACAAAGUUGUGGAUCGUGCACCAGCUAUCGAAGCAGUCAAUGUUACCGGUGGAAGAUUCAUACGUGAAGGAAAGAUCUAUGGACAAAGGCUCAGAGCAUUCAAAGAACAACUGGAAGAAGUUUGUCCAUCGUUGGACGCAUCCGUUAAAAGACCACGUAGAGAACCGGUAACUACGGUGGAUGGAAUCGCACGUGACCUUGACACACUCAAUAGAAAAUAUACAACCCUGUUGAAUCUACUACAAGAACGAGUUAGGCAGUUGGCCUUGCUUUAUCCCGAUGAUAUCUCAUUACAGCGUGCUCUGCAAGAGCAACGACCCUUGCGCACGUUCAGAACGGAAUUUAACAUCUACGAGAGUACUACUAGCGAGGAACGUUAUUCCUCGACAACUACCCAUUACACUCAAUCGCAAUUUAUCUCGGAAAGACACGAGUCUACUGAGACAACCAGUAUCAGUAGCGAUUCAAUUCGUCGUAGUACGAGUCGUGAAUCUUCCCCAUUGAAACGUGCUAGAACAGAGGGUCAACAAGAUGUCGGUUAUUCGUCACGUGUCAGUGGUGUUACGACAGAAACCACAACGACAACAGCGACGGAUUCAACAACGACCGAUGCAAUACGAAAUAACAACCAGAACAACAUCAUCAACAGCAACAGUAACAUCAACAACAGCAUGCAAUUUAGCGAAAUUAGGAAUCUUAAGAGGAUACACAGGGCCGAGGAGGGUAUCAGUACUGACAACGUGAUAGAUGCUAGGGGUAUAGUUAAUCCAAGUACCGGGAAGGUACUUACAGUUGGCGAAGCUAUAAAACUUAGGAUUCUUGAUGUUAGAAAUGGUAGAAUAGUAACUUCGAUUGAUACGAAGACAAGCGUAACUAUCGAGGAAGCUGCUAGAAUGAAUUUGAUAGAUGGAAAUCUGGCUAAUCGAUUGUUGGGACCUUAUGGGUAUACCGAAGAUGGUCGACACAUCUCUUUGCUCGAGGCUAUUCAACAGGAGCUAUUUGAUGCCGAGAGAGGGGAUGAUAGAGUUAAGGUAACGACCAUUUUAUCGACGGGUGUUAGCGUUGCCGAUGCGAUGAGCGAGGGUUUGUUGGAUCCUAUAACCGGUCAGGUUGUUACGGGAAACGGUCAAAGGAUCUCCAUUGAGGAGGCAUACUCUAAAGGUUAUUUAACUAAAUUAGAUGUCACGGUUAAAGUUAAAAAGAACGCAUUAGCACUUGCCGACGCUAUUUCUCAAGGUCUUAUCGAUGAUAAGUUAGGUCGUAUUCUUGAUAGAAUUACCGGGGAAUAUUAUUUGUUAAACGAGGCUAUAGAUAAAGGUGUCAUUGAUCCUGAUAUUAAAGAAAUUGUCGAUGCACGUAACGAUACCAAGUUGACGGUAGCCGAAGCUAUACAGCAAGGUAUAUUGAACACUAAUCGGGGUAGGUAUAUGCACAAUUUGUCAAUGGAAACAUUAACAUUGAAGGAAGCACGUAGAAGACAACUCAUCGUUAAACCAAUGACGCUUAAAGAUUGUUGCGAUUUGGAGAUAAUUGAUGAAACCGGUAGGAUUGCUAGUCCUGCUCAUAGAAAAAAGUUGACGGUAUUGGAAGCCAUAUCGAAAAAUGUCUUAGAUUCGGAGAAUCUCAAAUCGAUAACGGAUACCAAAGCUGGUGAACCGAUCACUUUAUCGGAUGCUUUGUCUAAAGGUGUCGUCAAACCGGAAGGUACAUUCAAAGAUACUUUGAAGGAUGAGGAAUUGAGUAUACAGGAAGCAGUUGAUAAAGGAUUGGUCAUGUCAAUCUCGCAAAAGACUAUUUUUGAUAUCGACGGUUUUAAAGAUCCAAUCUCGGGUGAAUUCAUCAGCUUAAACUCUGCCCUUUUGAAAGGUUUGAUCAGUCCAAAAUCAGGUGGUUCUUACAUAGUCGAUUUAAAAACUGGAAAGACAGUUCCAUUGAACGAAGCUGAAGAACAGGGUUUUGUCAGAUCAACGGUGUCAGAGAUGCUCAAUUGUGGUAUCGGAAUUACAGAAGAGGGUCGUGAAAUUAGCGUAUUGGAAGCUGUUUUAUUGGAAUUGGUCGAUCCCAAAUCAGGUCAAUUAUUGGAUCCACGAACUAAACGAGUUGUUCCUUUGGAAGAUGCAAUUAAACGUGGAUUAAUCACUCCGGAUGGUGCUGCGUUGCUGACGAGUUUAUUAAACAUUGCUGUGACUACUCAAACAGUUACGAAAACUGUUAAAAGAUAUGUGACUGUGUUAGAAACUGGAGAAGUUAUCAAUCGUGAUUGUAAAAUUACUUACACUGAUGCCAUCAAACGUGGAUUAAUUGAUCAAACUCAACAAAUCUUUACGGAUCCUGAUAGUGGAAAAAUCAUGAGUGUUCAUCAAGCCAUUGAAGAAGGUUUACUUGGCAAACGAUUGGAUGAAACACCUGGAGGUAAAGUACAUUUACCAUCAAAACAAGUUACUUUUGAAACAACUUUGGUUACAAACGUUGGAAACGUUGAUAGUUCUGAUGAAAGAGAGGAAUCCAAACCAAUGGCUAUUGGUACUACUACAACUAUCAUAACUAAAGAAAUAGUACCACCUAGUGAUAACAAAUUAGCACAAACUGCAACUAAACCAUCAAUGGUUUCGACAACUUUCAUACCAUCAUCAUCACCAGUCCAAUCAACUAUCAAAAAUGGUACGAUAUCUCCCAUGAAAACUAGUCCACCAUCUUCACCAGAUAAAAUGGACAGAUCUCGAUCCAAAUCUAAGAGUCCUACUGAACAAACAGAAGAACAGAAAACAAUAAAAGAUUCUAAUUCGUUCACAAAGAUUAAAAAAGAUACGAAUGAAACUAAAAUGGAGAUUCAAAGUUCAGUGACAACAACUAUUAGGAAUCAUAAAUCAGAAAUCAGUUCGUUUAUAGAAAGUGAACCUACUUCAACAGAAAAACGUGUUUUCGGGUUACCAACCGAUGGUUGGACACUUGCUGAUGCCAUUGAUCAGAAAUUGUUUGAUCCAGCAACCGGAUUAUUUAUUAUACCUGGUACCGAUCGAUUAGUAUCGUUUGAGGAAUGCAUAAAACUACAAAUAAUUAAUCCCAAAUCUGGAAUGGUCAUUGAUCCAAUGAACGGAAGGAAAGUAUCUUUGAUGAGAAGUUUGGAAAAAAAUAUUUUAGAUUCUACUGGACAUUACACUCAUCCACAAAAGAUUUCUAUGAAAGAAGCUAUUGAAAAACAAUUGGUAAUACUUCAAUUCAAAUCACCUGAUUCUGAAACAGCUAAUCAAAGACUUUUACAAAUUACUAAAAUUUCUGGCAAACCUGACAAAGUUGAAUUAACAAACGUGAAUGAUCCAACGAAGGACACUGAAAUCAAAGCAACAGACGAGUCAUCGAUCAUGGAUCCUGUGCAAGUGUCACGUGGUGUGAUUUAUGAUCCUGCAACUGCUUUGGUGAUCUCAACGGAUAACGGAACAUCUGCUGAUUUAUUAAAAGCUGUUAAAGACGGUACUUUGCAAUCGAAAGACGUGACAGUUCGUGAUCCUUCAACUGGUAAAAACAUUGCAAUGUCAGAAGCUGUAGAACGUGGUAUUUUGGAUUCCAGAACUGGCGAAUACAAAGUAGACGAUGACAGAAAAUUAUCUUUGAUCGAUGCAACGAAAUUUGGAUUGGUUGCAGUCGUUGGUGCACCUUUGGUAGCAGCAGCAGCUGCCGUUGAAGCUGUCAAGAAAACUAUGAUAAAGGAUCCAAAAACUGGUGAAAAAAUACCACGCGAAGUUGCCAUUGAACGUGGUUUAGUUCCACCUGAAGAAAUUUCGACGAAUGUUAAAUCAUCUUCAGCAGUUACAGCUACGGAAUCUUUGUUACAAGAUUUAAGAACAAGUUCAGAUGUUACAGGGAAAAAUGACACGAUCAAAGAUCAGAAAACAGGUGAACAAAUAUCAAAAGAAGUUGCCGUUGAACGUGGUGUCCUUUCACCGGAACAAAUUUCAACAAAUAUGGUAUCAUCACCAACAGUUACAGCAACGGAAUCGUUGCUACAAGAUUUAAGAACAAGUUCCGAUAUCAAAACGAACGAAACCUUAUUGACGAGUGAAAUAAAAUCAACGAGACAAGAAAAUGGUUUGGAAACCAAGGAUACGGUUGUUAGGAAACCAUCAACACCUGAAGAUGACCACGCUGAUGCCCCAACAUCUGUGGCAGCUAAAGCAAGAGCAAGAAUAACAACGGAACCAAAAUACACGGUUACCAUUGGUCAAGCAAGAUCAUUUUCUCAGAGUCCAGAAAGAGAAGCAAAACCAAUAGUCCUUCAAAAAAUGAAGAAGAGAAUUGUUAAAGCAAGCGAAGCUAUAGAAAGUGGCCUGAUCGAUGAAGAAACGGUCCAAGUUAUUGAAACCGAAAUCUCUGGGGAUGGAGAAAAGAAAAUGACAUUGUCCGAAGCUAUAGAAAGUAAUAAAAUCGGCGCUGAGAGUGGUAGAAUCGUAGAUCCACAAAGAGGUGAUGUUGUAUCGAUAAAGGAAGCAAUACAUCGUGGAAUCUUAGAUCCAGAAAAUGCAGAUUUACUUGUACCUUUAGCAAAAAGUCUAUCAAUUCCAGGAUUAUACAAACAAGGUCUGUUGGAUCCUCAAGAAGGCAAAGUUGUUCAUCCAGAAACGGGUGCUCAUCUUACUCUAAACGAAGCCAUUGUUUGUGGUAUAGUCGAUCCCUUGUCAAGAAUAAUUCAACCUAAUGGACAAUUGGAUACUUUAGAAAAUGCAAUUACAAAUGACGUGAUCGAUGCUGACAAAUCGUUGAUCAAAGUAGAAGGUGGUAGCGUUAAUUUAGUCAAAGCUGUAGAGACAAAUGUAUUCGAAAAUCGCGACCCAGGUAAAUUAUCCGAAUUGCCACCAGCUGGUAUGACAUUCCCAGUAGCUUUGAAACGUGGCUUGAUCGAUCCAUCCAAGAAUGAAAUAAAACACCCAAUCACUGGUCAAAAUGUACCCUUGAAAGAUGCUAUUGCAACUGAUUUUAUUAUGACUUUACCAUACCCGGUUGCACCAGAUAGCAUUGAAGUAACUAAAGCACUCGAAUCGGGUCUCAUAGAUGAAGAAAAAGGUGUAUUUGUUCAUCCAACAACUGGUACAUCUAUACCAAUCGUAGAAGCUGUUGAAUCUGGUCUCUUAAUUGUUAAAACACCAGCUAAAGAUGAAUGCGUCAGUACGAUUACAGAAACAGUGACGUCCUAUCAUACUAUUACAACAAAAACUAUUCAACUUUCUCCAGGAUAUGUUCUAUUAAAUGCUACACAAGUUCAGAACCUUGAAACUGGUGACACACUUACGAUCGAAGAAGCACGUGUUCGAGGAAUCGUCAAGGAUGAAUCUGAGAAGAAAGAACAAUUCACGACUAAAGAUAUUACGAUUACCUUCAGUGAUGCUGUUGAAAAAGGUUUGGUUGAUUUGAAUGCAGGAACUUAUACCGAUCCUAAUACAGGUGAUGUUAUGUCAAUUUCUAAAGCAGUAGAAGUUGGUAUCCUUGAUACCUCGGUUCAAAAAAGUCAGCCAGAUUCUUCUACAUCAACUACGCAAAACAGUUUAACCAUCGUAGAAGCUAUGGAACAAAUUUAUGAUGAUAAAACCGAAUCUUUCACUGAUCCCAAAUCCAAGAAAUCCUACAAUUUAACCGAAGCAAUAAAAGUUGGUUUGAUCGAACCAGAUUCUGUUUUGUACGAUGUAAAAACAGAUGAAACCUUAACCACGAAGGAAGCUAUUGACAAGGGUUUACUCGAUCCACAAACGGGAAAAAUAAAACAGAAAGAUGGAAGUAGUCCGAUAAGUGUUGCUGAAGCUGCUAAACUUGGACUCCUAGCAAUAGUAGCUGCUCCUGUUUUAGCUGGAAAAGCUGUAGUAGAUGCGAUUCAAACGAAACAAACUAAGAAACCUAGUCCACCUGUUGAAUCAAUUUCUGCAGUUACAGGACCAUCAAAUAAAACCGAUAAAGCACUUGAAUCUGAACGGAAAAGAUCACCCGACGAAAUAGAUGAAGCACCAAUAAGUCAAGAAUCGAAACUUUUAUCCACACCGAAAGCUACUACGAAAGAAAUUUUGCAAAAAGAAGAGAAAGAAGUUUGCGAUUCGUUCAUUGCUAAUGAAAAAUCAUUGACAAAACCGAUAGAAGAAUUACAAACAUCAAAAACACUUGAUACAGUUGAAUUGGAAGACAUUGAACGACACGAUGAAGAAGAAGAAGAAGAUUUGGAUGAAAAAUCGGAAGAAAAAUUAUUGAUAGUCGUAACGAAGGAUUUGUCAGCACGUGAUUUAGCUGAUCGAGGUGCAUUUGAUAUGGAAAACGAAAGAUUCGUUGAUCCUUCAACAGGUAAUAUCGUUUCGUUCAACGAAUUUGUUUUGGAUCUACAAAUUUUCGAUCCUGACAACGUUUGGGUAAAAGAUUUAUCAAAGAAAUCUGAUAAAUAUGUCACUCUUCGAGAAGCAAUUGAUAGACCAUUGGUAGAUAGAAACGUAGGUUACAUGGUAGACCCUAAAAGUGGUAAGAAAAUACCAUUUUUCGAAGCAGUCAAACUUGGAUGGAUAGAACAAAGACCAAGUACAGUUGAAAAGGAACCUUUAACUUUGAGCUUACAAGAAGCAGUAGAAUCAGGUGUUUGUGAUCCCAUAAACGCACAAAUUCAUGAUCCCAAAUCUGGAGAACCAUUGAGUUUAUCGGAAGCAGUUGAAGUUGGAUUGAUCGAUGCUGAAUCUUUGGCUGUUAGGAAUCCAAUAAGUGACGAAAUUUUACCUUUAUCAGAAGCAUUAGAAUCAGGUGUGAUAGAUCUGCACAGAGGAGUUGUCAUAAAUGUUGAAACAAGAACAGAAAUCGAUAUUAAAGUUGCUUUCUUAAAGGGUAUGAUAGUACCACGUGCUAGAAAACCAAUUUCUUUGGAAGCAGCGAUAAACAGUGGCAUAUACGAACCCAACACAGGAAAAAUACAAGAUCCUUUAACCAAACAAUUAGUGGAUGUUGAAGAAAGUGUUCGUAGAGGUAUAAUCGAUGCUUUUAUCACCGAAUGUCAAGACACAAAAGCUGGUUCUUUCGUUUCUUUGGACGAUGCAUUAACUAUAAAUCUAUUAAACUCAAAAAUGGGACGUUUGCAAGAUACAAAAGCUGGUGAACUUCUUCCUUUGGACACUGCAUUGAACCGAGGUUUGAUUAUAACUACACCAUUCGUGCCUUCGUUAAUAGAUGUUAUAGCACAAGAAUAUUACUCUCCUAAAACUGGUCUUGUCUUAAAUCCUGUGAACGGUGCUGAGAUGACAAUAAAAGAAGCUUUAACUACCGGUUAUAUCGAUGACAGAACAACUAUGAUAAAGGAUGAUAGACGUGACAAAGUUGUCUCGGUUAAGGAAGCAGCAGAAACAUUAUUAUUAGAUUUACAAAGUGGUUUGUUGAAUUAUCCUCAUUCCAUGACAUUGGAUAUUGCAUUUGAGAAAGGUUACUUAUUGAACACGACUAAACCUUGGACAUUACAAGAAGCUUUAGCUCAUCAGACCUACGAUCCCAAAACAGGUACGUUCACCAUCGAAGGUGAAAGCUAUUUGCUAGAAGAAGCCAUUGCUAAAGGGAUUAUUAAUCAGGAUAGUCCAUCAAUCAAGGAUCCACGAAACAACGAUAUCAUUUCUCUUGGUGAUGCUAUCAAACGUGGGCUUAUCAAUCCAAAAACUGGAACAGCUAUCGAUCCUUCAACAGGUGUACCACUUUCUUUAACUGACGCAUUGGAUCGGGGCCUAGUUGUUCCAGCCAAACGAAAAAUAUCUUUACCUGAAGCCAUAUUCAAAGGAUUUUAUGAUCCAAAAACUGGUCACUUCAUUAUCCCAGACACUCAAGAAAAAUUACCAACUGAUCGUGCCAUCAAAAAAGGUGUCAUUGAUACUACUACUGCUAUAGUUCGACAUGACAGUGGUGAUGUCAUAACUUUCACUGAAGCUAUAGAAAAACUCAUAGUAGAUCCUAAAACUGGUACUGUGGCUACCGAAAAAGGAAGACGUUUAGAUUUCCACGAAGCUUUAGAACGUGGUCUUCUAUUGGAAACACGUAGACCAAUGAGUUUCAGUGAAGCAAUCUCUAAAGGCAUAUUGGAUGACAAAACAAAUACAUUUUUGGAUCCACAAAGUGGCACUUAUUUGACCAUACUCGAAGCUAUUCAAAAACAUUUAAUCGAUGCAGAUUCCGUAACAGUCAAAGAUGUCAGAUCACCGUUUGUAAAAACAAUGCCAUUAAUGAAAGCAAUAGAAUUAGGAUACGUUGAUGGAAAUACUGGACGUGUUAAAGAUCUCAACAGAGGAAACGUUGAAAUGUCUUUACGUGAUGCUUACGAAUCUGGAUUGAUAAUAGACAACAAAGCAGCUGUUUCAUUGCAACGAGCUAUCCAUCAAGGAUUAUACGACGAUAAAACUGGAAAAAUUGUUGAUCCUGGUACUGGCAGAACAGUAACACUUCACGAAGCUAUGAGAAAGUGUAUAAUCGGACCUACCUUACCUUGUUAUUGGGAUAAACGUUCGGAAAGAUUGUUGUCAUUAGCUGAAACUUGUCGUGCUGGGGUGAUAGAUAGACGUUCGGGAAUGUUCAAAGAACCUGGUGCUAAUUGUACAGUGACAUUAUCUCUCGCAUUACAACAUGGACUGAUCGUUGAUAUUGAAAGCAUGGGAUUUGGAUUAUACGAAGCAAUACUUAUGGACAUGUACGAUUCUUCAUCUGGAAAAUUCAUACAUCCUUUGAACAAUAAAAAGCUUACAUUGGCUGAAGCUAUUCAAAUCGAAAUGAUUAAUCCAUUAAUUUCGAUAGUGAAGAAUGCAAAUACCAAUAAGUAUAUUCUAUUAGCAGAAGCGAUAUCUGAAAAAAUCAUUGACGAUAUUCGUGGCACGUACAAUACCUCAACAAUGACAAUGAAUUUACAAGAUGCCAGGAAAAAAGGUUUCAUUGUAACCUACAAAACUCCACUUUCUAUAGAAGAAGCUGUUAAAUGUGGUUUGUAUCGUGGUGACAGUGGGAAGUUCGCUAAACCAAUAGCCAAUGAAUUUUACGACUUGGUUCAAGCUUUGUCAGUCGAAUUGAUAGAUCCAGAUACAACAGCAUUGAAGGAUGCAACAACGGGACAAAUAAAAUCAUUGCAAGCUGGAAUCGAUGAUGGAACGAUCGAUGUUCCUAAAGGAAGAGUACUCGACCCUAAAUCUAAACGAUCAUAUAACAUAGACGUUGCAUUCGAACGUGGAUUAUUAGUGACAGUAGAAAAACCAUUGACCCUUCAACCCCAAAGAUCUUCGUUGGAUGAACAAAAGGUUUCACCUAAAGAAGGUAACACACGAGAGUGUACAGUAGAAGAAGCAAUCAAAUAUGAGUUGAUUGAUCCAAACGUAUCGGUCGUAAGAGACCCAAGAAACGGAAGGUUCGUUGUUUUAAAGAAAGCUCUUGACGAGAAUAUCAUCAACCCUACGGAAAAAGGUACGAUCGAACCGCAAAUUGGAAAAUUACAAAGCAGGUGCAUACGUUUUGGUGAAAACACAGUUUUCCUAAUCCCACCUUUAUCAUUCGAAGAAACCUUAGAAAAAGGACACCUGUCCUUUGAUACUGGAAAAGUAACAGACCCAAAUACCAACGAGCAAAUAACAUUGAAAGAAGCCGUCACACUUGGUAUCAUUGAUCCGGAUUCAGCAUUGAUAAAAGAUGCACAAAAGAAAAAAUUAGUCAGAUUACCUGAAGCAUUUAGGAAAGGAAUGAUGGAACCAGAAAAAGGAAAUGUUUUAGAUACAGAAACAUCCAAAUUGUAUACCCUUGCUAAGGCUGUAGAUAUCGGUUUAGUUAUGACACCCAAACAAGGCUUUUCGUUCAUUGAAGCUUUAGAAUUUGGCCUGUAUAAUCCGACAACAGGUGGUUUCCAUGAUCCAUUUUUACUAACUUCGGUGUUAGAAAGAAAACGCUUGACAUUGGCAAGUGCAAUAGAGGGGGGUUUGAUUGAUCCGUCAAGUACGGUUAUCAAAGAUCCUAUUACCGGUAAUAUUGUAAGUUUGUUGGAAGCUGUAAAUAGUGGGAAGGUAGAUAGUGUGGCGGGAAGGUUUUUUGAAGAUCCAGAGGGAAAGAGUAUCGACUUCGUGAAGGCCAUGGAACGUGGUUAUAUUCUCACCGCAGAAGCUAGGCAAGCGGUAGAAGAAAAAUACAAAUUGUGCGACGAAACGUUGUCCAAAUUGUUGCAAUGGAUAUCCGAAGUUGAAGAUAAACUUGCUAAUCAAGAUACUGUUAGAGAAGAUAUUGAUGAAUUAAGAAAUCAGAUAAACGUCAUGAAAGAGAUCAAAGAGGAUUUGGAAUCUCAUGGUCGUCAAGUUUCAUCAUGUUUGGAUCAAGUUCGUCAAGUUGUAUUAACUGGUAGCGACGUUUUAUCAAGUGAUGAAGUUUCAACAUUGGAAAAAAGUGGUAGAUCACUUAAAACAAGAUUUGACAAGACUACUGACCGUGCUGACAAAUUGGUCAGACGUUUGGUCGGUGCCAGAGAUGAAUUAUGCAAAUUCAAGAAUGAAUUGUCAACAUUUACAGUAUGGUUGGACAAAGCACGUAGAACUUUGGAAAAUAAAGAAAGAUCAUUAUCAGAUUUGAAUAAAUUAAGUAGCAGUGCUGAUACAACCCGUGAUUUUAUCAGCGACGUUAUAGCACACCAAGCUGAUCUUAGAUUCAUAACAAUGGCUGCACAAAAAUUCGUUGAUGAAAGUAAAGAAUAUUUACAAAUAUUGAAUGAAUUUAGAACAAGUUUGCCACAAAGAUUACCUCAUAAGGAACCAACAGCUAGUCAAGAUUCACCAGUAAGACAUGAGGUAUCAGUUGUUACAACACAAUACAAGGAUUUGUUGACACGUGCCAAUCAAUUGUCAGAUAGAUUGUCGGGUGUUGGUGGAAAACAACGUGAUUAUAAUGAAUCAUUGGAAAAAGCUAACGCUUGGUUGAGAGAAGUUGAACCUAAAGUACAUAGAAUAAUAUCAGAAGCAAUUGCAGCUGAACCUAAACAAGUUGAAGAUCAAUUGAACAAAGCUAAAGCAUUGAACAACGAGUUCUUAGCUAACGAACGUUUAAUAGACGUUGCUAAAAAUAGCGUGGAUGCAUUAUUAAGAUCACUCGAUGGACAAUUGACACCUCACGAAGUUGAUGCACUUCAAGAUCCAGUUAGGGUUGUUGAAGAUAAGUAUAAACAACUUAGUGAAGCAUUGCAAGCUAAAUGUCAAGAAUUGGAUACAGCAUUGGUACAAUGUCAAGGAGUUCAGGAUGCUUUGGAUGGUUUGGUUAUUUGGUUGAACAAUGCUGAAAGUCAAUUCAAGAAUCUUCAACGUCCAGCAAGUUUGCAAAAAGAACAUUUGGAAGAACAGCAAAGGGAACAACGUUUAUUGCAAGCUGAUUUAGAUAGUCAUCGUUUAAGUGUAGAUGCAAUUGCUGCUAGUGCCCAAGAUCUUUUAUUGAAUUCUAACAACGUACGUGUUGCCAAACGUAUCGAGGGUAAACUAAAAGAUGUACAAAGUAGAUUUGAAAAACUCAUGGACAAAUCAUUGCGACGUGGUGAAUUCCUCGACGAUGUUGUUCAAGCACUCAACGAAUUUCUCGUUGAAACAUCCAAAUUUGAAAGUUGGUAUUCGCAUAUGAUCGAAUCACUCGAAUCCAGAGAAUUGAACAAACUUGAUGUAUCCGAAUAUGAAAAUAAAAUGACCGAAUUGAUAGACAAACGGGAAGAACAAAAAGGAUAUUUCGAGGAUCUUAUUAAAAAUGGAAAGAAUUUGGUUUCUAAAAAGGAUAUUACUGAAGCAACAGCUAUCAGAGACAAAAUCAAAGUACUCGAAUCGCAAUGGAAAGAAUUAAACAAUCUUCUCGAUGAAAAACAAAGAUUAAGUAAAUCCAGGGCUGAACAAUUGUCAGCUUAUGAAAAAUUGCGAGAUCAAGUGAUCGAUUGGUUGACACGUACGGAAAAUAAAUUGCAAAGAUUGGAACCUGUGGCCGUUGAUUUGGACAAAUUGAAAAAACAAGUUGAAGAAUUGAAACCUAUACAAAAAGAAUAUCGCGAUUAUGGCGGUACUGUUGAUAAAAUAAAUGAUCUUGGUAUAGCUUAUGACAGUUUAUUGAAGGAACGUGGUGAAAGUCCAACUCGUCGUCGUGGUAGUACAAGCCCAACCAAAAGACCAGUACGACGUAUGUCACAAGACGGUCGUUCACCAUCUCCCACAAAAGGCUACGCCCUACAAAGUCCGGUAUCUCCAGGUGGUAGCAGCGGAUUUAGCAGCCGACGAUCUAGCCAAGAUGGUUUCCAUUUGGAAGAUUUAUCACCCGUUCAACAACAAUUGUCAGAAAUCAAUAACAGAUAUGGUUUGUUAGGUGUAAGAUUGACUGAUCGUCAAACAGAUUUGGAUAACGUUAAGGAAGAAUUAAGAAAACAUUUGGAUAAUUUGAAAACACUUUCACUAUUCUUGGACAAGAUUCAACGUCAAUUACCGAAAGAAAGUAUUCCAACGGUGAAAGAUGAGGCAGAUAAAACGGUAAAACAGAUCAAAGUAAUCGUCGAAGAAAUGUAUGAGAAACAAUCCCUGUUAGACAGUACAAGAACCCAAGUACGCGAUUUGGUCAGACGUAAAAAAGGUGCCGAUGGUAGUGACAGGUUAAACGACGAAAUGGAAGACGUAGCCAGUCGUUGGAAAUCAAUUUCCGACAGUUGCAAGGAUAGAAUUAAAUUUUUGGAAGAUAUCAAAGACUUUUACGACACAUUUGACGGUCUCAAUUCGUGGUUAGGUGCAAAGGAAAGAAUGUUGGGUGCACUGGGUCCCAUAUCGUCAGAUCCAAGAAUGGUUUCUAGUCAAGUUCAACAAGUUCAAGUAUUGAGGGAAGAAUUUAGAACUCAACAACCUCAAUUGGAUCAUUUGUUCCAAGUUGGUGAAAAUGUUCUCGCAAGAAUAUCACCUGAUUCACCGGACAAUCAAAAGAUCGGUCAAAAGUUGCGCAACAUUUUAGAAAGAUGGGCUGAUCAAGUAAGUCGUUUGGACGAACGUGGACAAAGUUUAGGUGAUGCUGUUGGUACCAGUCGGGAAUUCGAUGCAAGUCUUAAUCGUCUUCGCGAUGCACUGCAAACAAUUUCCGACAAUUUAGAUGAUUUACCUCUCGACAAGGAUCCGGAAGAACAAUUGAGAAAGAUUGAAAAUUUGGAGAGACAAUUGGAAGGACAGAGACCAUUGUUGGCUGACGCUGAAGCAGCUGGUGGACAAUUGUGCGAAGUAUUAAGUGACCCAGCAUCGAAAUCCGAGAUUCAUGGUAAAUUAACAGCUGUUGGUAAAUUGUACGUCAACUUACAGAAGAAAUUGGAUCAUAGGAAAGCUGAAAUCGAAGGUAAUCUUAGAGAUGGUAGACAAUUCGAAGCUUCUUGCAGUAAAACGUUGGGUUGGCUUGCCGAUGAGCUUGGUAAUAUGUCAGAAAAAUUAUUGGUUUCGGCUGAUCGUGAAAUAUUACAACAACAACUCGAUCAUCACGAACCUGUUUAUCGUAAUGUAAUGGCUAAAGAAUACGAAGUCAUAAUGCUACUUAACAAAGGACGCGACAUAAUCAAUCGUUCACAAAAAUCUGAAAAUCGUUCGUUACAACGUGAUCUUGAUAAAAUGCAAUCCCAAUGGGAUCGUUUGAAAAAAGAUACCCUCGACAGACACGUCAAGUUACAAACUUGUGCUGAACAUUGUAAAAAGUAUUACAGAGCACAGGACCAAUUUUUACCAUGGUUGAGACAGGCUGAAGAUAAAUUGGAAAGUUUAAAACCAGCAUCUUUCAAACGCAAAGAUAUUGAAAAACAAUUAAAGGAAUUGUCGUCGUUCAGAAACGAAGUUUGGAAGCGUUCAGGUGAAUUCGAAAAUAACAAAACACUUGGUGAAUCUUUCCUUGGUGCUUGUGACAUCGAUAAGGAAAUAGUCAAAAACGAAUUGAACGCCAUGAAAACAAGAUGGGACAAAUUGAACAAUGAUCUUUUGGAAAGAACGCAAUCCUUGGAGGACACCGCGCGUCAUUUGACAGACUUCGUUGAAAAUCUUCGUGAUUUGAAACACGAUUUACAACGUUGCGAAGACAAAUUGGCAUCUCACGACGCCCUUGGUGGUGCAGCUAAAGAUCCAAAACUUCUCGAUAGAAUUAAGAAUUUACGAGAAGAAACAGCUAGUUUGAAGAAGCCAUUACAAGGGGUACGUAAACAGGCGAAUGAUUUGGUAAAGAAGGCCGACGAACAAGGAGUGGAUGCAACACAUUUGCAAGAUGAAGUUGACAACGUGACCGAUCGAAUCGAUGAUUUGCAAGCAAAAUUAGAUGACAGGUGUAACGAAUUACAAAGUGCUGCAACUGCUAUGGCACAAUUCAACGAUCACGUUAAAAUUAUCAGUCAACACAUAGCAUCUAUUGAAAAAGAAUUAGAUUCAAUGAAAGCUCAUGGUCGUGAAAUUAAAAUCGUUCGUAGUCAAUUGGAAGAUAUCAGCAAAAUCGUACACAGAAUUAAUAAACUUUUCGAUGAAGCUAACGAUCUGGAAAGUCUUGGUGAACGUUUGGUCGACAGUGGAUUUGCCGCUGAUACCGUUGCAACCAGACAACAAAUAGAAGGUCUUAAACGACAAAUUGGAAAGCUCGAUGAACGUGCUCGUAACAGGGAAGAAGAAUUAACCAGUACGUUAAAUACAUUGCAAGAAUUUUAUCAAGCACUCGGUAACGUCAUGGAUGAAAUUGCUGAUGCCAACGAUCAAGUUAGAAAAUUCAAGCCAGUUGGUUCUGAAGUAGAUUCAAUCAAAGCACAGCAAGAAGAUUUCAUAGCACUUAAGAUGAACAAGAUAGAACCUAUUUCUAGCAAAGUUGAAUUUUGCAAUGCCCUUGGACGAGGACUCGUUCAAACUGCUGGUCGUGAUGUUAGCACCACAAAUAUUGAAAAGGAUCUCGACAAAUUGAACGAUAAAUGGAAUGAUUUACAGGAUAGGUUGAACGAACGUGACAGAAAAUUAGACGUAGGUUUACUCCAAUCAGGUAAAUUCCAAGAAGCUUUGAACGGUUUAGAAAAAUGGUUAACCGAUACAGAAGAGAUGGUUUCCAAUCAAAAACCUCCAUCGUCUGAUUACAAAGUGGUCAAGGCACAAUUACAAGAACAGAAAUUCUUGAAGAAGAUGUUGAUGGAUCGUCAAAAUUCUAUGUCAUCUUUAUACAACAUGGAACAAAAAGUAACGGCCGGUGCUGAUUCAAAGGAGAGAAAAGUUAUCGAGAAACAGAUGAAGAAUUUAAUGGGAAGAUUUGAUAAUUUGACCGAAGGUGCUGCAGAAAGAAUGGACGCAUUGGAACAAGCUAUGACCGUUGCUAAACAAUUCCAAGAUAAAUUGAUACCACUUGCCACUUGGUUGGACAAAACGGAAAAGAAAGUUAGGGAAAUGGAACUGGUACCAACCGACGAAGAAAAAAUUCAACAGCGUAUUUCCGAGCAUGCUGUACUUCACAGCGACAUAUUAUCCAAAAAACCGGAUUUCAGCGAAUUGACAGACAUAGCCAGCCAAUUGAUGGCACUUGUCGGUGAAGAUGAAGCAACUGCUUUGGCUGAUAAACUUCAAGACGUUGCCAACAGAUAUGCCACACUCGUCGAACGUUCGGAAGCACUCGGUGAACUUUUGCAACGUUCGAGACAAGGCCUAAGACAUUUGGUUCUCACCUAUCAAGAUUUGCAAGCCUGGAUGGAAGGAAUGGAAGUUAGGCUUUCGAAAUACAGAGUAUUGGCUGUUCACACUGAAAAACUUUUACAACAAAUGGAAGAUCUAGCAGAUUUAACCGAAGAAGUAUCUACUAGACAAACAGAAGUAGACAGUACAACCGAUUCCGGUUUGGAAUUGAUGAAACACAUUUCCAGCGACGAGGCACUCAGAUUGAAAGACAAAUUGGAUUCGUUGCAACGUCGUUUCAAUGAUUUGGUUACACGUGGAUCAGAUCUUCUUAAACAUGCACAGGAAGCAUUACCAUUGGUACAACAAUUCCAUGACAAUCAUAAUCGUUUGAUGGAUUGGAUGCAAGGAGCGGAAUCAGCUUUGCAAUCUGCUGAGACUCGCGAGGAUGAAAUCAUAAGAUUGGAAAUGGAAAUAUCAGAAUACAGGCCAGUUCUUGAUAAAAUCAAUGCUGUAGGACCACAAUUGUGUCAAAUAUCACCAGGAGAAGGUGCUGCUACUAUUGAAGGUCUGGUAACUCGAGACAACAGAAGAUUCGAUGCAAUUGCUGAACAAAUUCAAAGGAAAGCCGAAAGAAUUCAAUUGAGUAAGCAACGUUCUUUAGAAGUAAUCGGUGACAUCGAUGAUCUCCUCGAUUGGUUCAGAGAAGUUGACAAUCAAUUGCGUGAAGCCGAACCACCUAGUAGCGAACCUGAGAUAAUAAGAGUACAAUUGAAAGAACACAAGGCCUUGAACGAUGACAUAUCCAGUCAGAAAGGUCGUGUUCGCGAUGUCAUUUCAACGGCUAAAAAAGUAAUCCGUGAAAAUGCACAUCACGAGGACACGUCAACGAUACGCGACAAAAUGGAAGAAUUACGAGAAACUAUGGAACUUGUAUCGGGUCUUUCAUCUGACAGAUUGGGUGCUUUGGAACAAGCGUUACCAUUGGCUGAACAUCUUCGUGACACACACGCGGGUCUUGUCAGUUGGUUAGAAGAAGCUGAACAUCAAGUGGCCAUGUUACCGAUGCCUGCUUUAAGACCUGACUUGAUAGCAGCCCAACAAGACAAAAAUGAGAUUCUCAUACAAAGCAUCAAUGAACACAAACCUUUGGUAGAGAAAUUGAAUAAGACUGGCGAAGCUUUAACUAAAUUAUGCAAUGAGGAAGAAGGUUCGAAAGUACAAGAUAUCGUGGAUAACGAUAAUGCACGUUAUGCAGCAUUGAGAGCAGAACUUAGAGGUCGUCAACAAACAUUGGAACAAGCUUUGCAAGAAUCAUCCCAAUUUUCUGACAAAUUGGAAGGUAUGUUACGUGCGUUAACGUCAACUGCUGAUCAAGUGCACGGUGCUGAACCGGUUAGUGCACAUCCACCAAGAUUACGAGAUCAAAUGGAAGAGAAUGCAGCAUUGGCUGAAGAUCUUGCUCAAAGAUCGGAAGCAUAUGCUGCUGUAAGAAAAGCUGCUGACGAUGUUAUCAGUAAAGCAGGUAACAGAGCAGAUCCUGCAGUUAAAGACAUCAAACGUAAGCUCGACAGGUUGAAUCAAUUAUGGACUGACGUGCAAAGAUCAACGACGGAACGUGGCCACACCUUGGACGACACUUUGUCCAUUGCAGAAAAAUUCUGGUCAGAAUUGAAUGGUGUUAUGUCAACAUUGAGAGAAUUGCAAGAUGCAUUAGCAGGACAAGCACCACCAGCUGCUCAACCAGCUGCCAUACAACAGCAACAAGUUGCAUUGCAAGAAAUACGACAGGAAAUUGAUCAAACUAAACCCGACGUUGAACAAGUAAGAGCAUCCGGUCACGAAUUGAUGGGAUUAUGUGGUGAACCAGACAAACCGGAAGUACGAAAACACAUCGAAGAUUUGGAUCAAGCUUGGGACAACGUUACAGCCCUUUAUGCCAGACGUGAAGAAAAUUUAAUCGAUGCCAUGGAAAAAGCCAUGGAAUUCCACGAAACUCUUCAAAAUCUUUUAGAAUUCUUACAGGAAGCUGAAGAUAGAUUCGCUGACAUGGGACCACUCGGUAGCGACAUAGACGAAGUUAAAACUCAAAUCAAACAAUUGGCUAAUUUCAAAGCUGAAGUUGAUCCACAUAUGGUCAAGGUCGAAGCAUUGAACAGGCAAGCUGCUGAAUUGACUGAAAGAACAUCGUCAGAACAAGCGGCAGCUAUCAAGGAACCACUGGGUGCUGUUAACAAACGUUGGGAUGGUUUGCUCAGAGGUGUUGUUGAGAGACAACGACUUUUGGAAAAUGCGUUGUUACGAUUAGGACAAUUCCAACACGCAUUGGACGAGUUAUUAGUUUGGAUCGAUAAAACUGAUAGAACUUUGGAUAAUUUGAAAGCAGUUGCUGGUGAUCCACAAGUUAUCGAAGUGGAAUUAGCUAAAUUGAAGGUUUUGGUGAACGAUAUUCAAGCUCAUCAAACAAGCGUGGACACAUUGAACGAUGCUGGAAGACAAUUGAUCGAAGAUGGCAAAGGUACAGCAGAGGCAUCAACAACUGCAGAAAAAUUGGGCACGUUGAAUCGUCGUUGGAGAGAUUUGCUGCAACGUGCUGCUGACCGUCAAAGAGAAUUGGAGGAUGCAUUGCGAGAAGCCCAAUCGUUCACAGCUGAGAUACAAGAUUUGUUAUCGUGGUUGGGUGACGUUGACAAUAUGAUCGUAGCUUCCAAACCUGUCGGUGGUUUACCCGAAACAGCAUCAGAACAAUUGGAACGUUUUAUGGAAAUUUACAACGAAUUAGAACAAAAUCGUCCUAAAGUUGAAACCGUUUUACAACAGGGACAGGAAUACAUGAAACGUGCCGAUGCAAGUAGUGCUGGUGGUCUCAAUCACAAUCUAAGAACUUUGAAACAAAGAUGGGACAAUGUAACUGCACGUGCCAGUGAUAAAAAGAUCAAAUUGGAGAUAGCAUUGAAGGAAGCUACCGAGUUCCAUGACGCUUUACAAGCAUUCGUCGAUUGGCUGACAAAUGCUGAAAAGAUUUUGACGAAUCUCAAACCUGUUUCGAGAGUUAUGGAAAUUGUAUUGUCUCAAAUAGAAGAACAUAAACAAUUUCAAAAAGAUGUGGGUGUUCACAGAGAAACUAUGUUAAAUUUGGAUAAAAAGGGAACACAUUUGAAAUAUUUUUCACAAAAACAGGAUGUGAUACUUAUUAAGAAUUUAUUAAUAAGCGUUCAACACAGAUGGGAACGUGUUGUAUCAAAAUCAGCUGAGAGAACUCGUGCGUUGGAUCAUGGUUAUAAAGAAGCAAGAGAGUUUCACGAUGCAUGGUCGAAUUUGCUCAAUUGGUUGGACGAAACGGAGAAAACUUUGGACGAAGUUGCUACCGAUGGUCUUGGUGGAAACGAUCCAGAAAAGAUCAAAUCACGUUUGAACAAACAUCGUGAAAUUCAAAAAGCAUUGAGUGCUAAACAAGGUACUUACGAUACUACCAUGAAAAAUGGUAAAACGUUGAAAGAUAAAGCACCGAAAACUGACGAGUUAGCAUUGAAAGAAUUAUUGAUUGAAUUGAAGAACAAAUGGACAAUCGUGUGUUCUAAAUGUGUCGACAGGCAAAGAAAAUUGGAAGAAGCUUUAUUGUUCUCGGGACAAUUCAAAGAUGCAAUUCAAGCUCUUUUAGAUUGGUUAGGUAAAAUGGAAAAGAAUUUAUCUAACACUGGACCGUUGUAUGGUGAUUUGGACACCGUUACGAAUCUCGUUGAACAACACAAAACUUUCGAAAAGGAUUUGGAAUCUCGUAAAUAUCAAAUGGAAUCUGUCAUCAAAACUGGAUACGAAUUGCAAUCUAAAGCUUCAGUUGAAGAUGCUUCCUUGAUUAAAUCACAAUUGUACGAACUCAAUACAUUAUGGGACGCCGUGACUGAUCUGUCAUUGAAAAAAUCUGAAAGAUUGGAGGAAGCUAUGAGAGAAGCAGAACGUUUGCACAAAGCUGUACACGUUUUGCUCGAAUGGUUGAGCGACGCUGAAAUGAAACUCAGAUUCGCUGGACAAUUACCAGAAGAUGAACAAGAAAGUAGAAACCAAUUGAUGGAACAUGAAAAGUUCCUACGCGAAUUGAAAUCUAAAGAAGUGGAAAAGGACAAUACUUUGGAAUUGGCACACGUGAUUUUGGGUAAAGCUCAUCCCGAUGGGGCUGCUGUUAUCAAACAUUGGAUUACAAUUAUCCAAUCUAGAUGGGAAGAAGUUUCUAUUUGGGCUCAACAAAGAAAUCAAAGGCUUGAAAAUCACAUGCGUGGUCUACAAGAUCUGGACAAUCUUUUAGAGGAAUUGUUGGCUUGGUUGGAAGGAUUGGCAAACACAUUGAACACUCUUGAAAGUGAACCACUUCCUGACGAUCGUCCAACUCUCGAAAUGCUCAUUGCUGAUCACAGAGAAUUUAUGGAAAAUGCUAGCAGAAGGCAGAACGAAGUUGAUCGUGUUUGCAAAGCUAGACAAAUCAAAGCUGCUAAGGAAGGACGAAAAGUACCAAAAGCUAAAUCACCAGCACCUGUUAAGGAACAAUACCAAGAUGUGGAACAGGAACAACCACCUUCCAGAAAGCAAAGCCGAGCCAGCCCGGGUCGUGACAGGACGCCAGAUCUUUCAUUGCCACACAUUGGUCCACGUUUUCCACCGAAAGGAAGCAAAGGAGCAGAACCAGAGUUCCGUAGUCCAAGGGUGAAACUUUUAUGGGACAGGUGGCGUCACGUUUGGAUGUUAGCGUGGGAACGUCAACGUCGUUUACAAGACAAAUAUAAUUACAUUCAAGAAUUGGAUCGGGUUGCUAAUUUCAGUUGGGAAGAUUGGCGCAAGAGGUUCCUCAAGUUUAUGAAUCAUAAAAAAUCAAGACUGACAGAUCUGUUCAGAAAAAUGGAUAAAAAUAAUGACGGUCUUAUACCCCGUGAAGAUUUCAUUCAAGGAAUAAUGAACACCAAAUUUGAAACAUCUCGGUUGGAAAUGGGAGCAGUUGCUGAUUUGUUUGAUCGUCAUGGGGAAGGUUUGAUUGAUUGGAAAGAAUUCAUAGCUGCAUUGAGACCUGAUUGGGAAGAACGUCGUACUUACAAUGACACUGAUAAAAUACAUGACGAAGUUAAACGAUUGGUCAUGUUGUGUACCUGUCGACAAAAGUUCAGAGUUUUCCAAGUUGGUGAAGGAAAAUACAGGUUUGGUGACAGUCAAAAGCUACGUCUAGUCAGGAUUUUAAGAUCCACGGUUAUGGUUAGAGUUGGUGGUGGUUGGGUAGCCCUAGACGAAUUCCUAUUGAAAAAUGAUCCAUGUCGCGCCAAGGGAAGAACGAAUAUCGAGCUGAGGGAGCAAUUCAUAUUGGCGGAUGGUGUCAGCCAGACAAUGACAGCAUUCAGAUCGAAGCCAAGUCCAACGUCGACACUUCAACGUACACAAAUGUCCACACCUGGACCCAUCACCAAGGUAAGAGAAAGAAGCGCAAGAAGUGUGCCAAUGGGCCAAUCAAGGGCCUCCCGUUCAUCCCUAAGUGCAGGUACACCUGAUAGUUUGAGUGACAACGAAGGAUCAUUCAGAAUAACUGCUAGAAAAACUAGCACACCUUAUAGAAGUAAUCUCACACCAGGUGGUAGCCGACCUUCGAGUAGACCAGCGUCAAGGCCAGCAUCUAGACCAACAAGUAGGCCAGGUAGUAGGCCAGCUUCAAGACAAGGAAGCAAACCACCAAGUCGUUAUGGUUCAACACAAUCAUUGGACAGUACAGAUGAAGCAGGUACCCCAAGUCGAAUUCCUCGUAGAACAGCAUUAGGAACAACAGCAACAACACCAACAUCUAGCAGACAUAAUAGCAUUUCCGGUAGAAGAUUAGGUACACCUGUUAAUGGUGCAAGUUCUAGGCCACGUACACCAACUGGUUUGGUUAGUCCAGCUAGUGGCAGUGCAACCUCUAGGUUUGGCUCAAUCCAUAGAGCUUCAAGUAUACCAACCCUGACUGGUGUUGGAACACCUAUCAGCCGAUCUAGGAUACCUGUUUAUGUGGGAAUGGACAUAAAAUCCCCUCAAUCAACAACCAGCAAUAUUUCAACUCAUUCGACACAAAGCAACCAUUCUACAAUUUCUACCGAUUCUACUGGGAGCAGUUCCAUCUGUACAAAUUCAGCAACUAACAUCCCAUCGGCUGUUAAACACGCUAGGACACGUACACCUUCAAGUGGUUCAAGCACACCAUUACCACCAUCAUUAAAAUUAUCAAGAAAACCAUCAGGGGCUUCAGAUACUUCAGUUUCUAAUACAACGCCAAGUGGAACACGUAAAGGAAAACCAACCCCUAUUGAUCAAAGAGCACCAUUCCGAUUAUAAUAAUCUCGACGAUUUCUUCUUUGCCUAAUUGUUAUUAUUAAACAUAUUAUAUAUUUUUGUUUGUUUAUAAUUAACGAUACAAGCUUCUUAAUAA